AUGAUGACAAAAAGUCGAGCACUAUUCUUCUUCUUCUUACUACACAUUCUAGCUCGCGCAUCGAGCUACAGAACUUACGAUCGCGAUUCAUUAAGAGCAGCACCAUGUACCGAAACAAUAUGGGAAUCUAAUGGCAAAACGGCUGCUGGCGGCAAUGGUCCAGGUAGUGCACUUAACCAGUUGAACUCUUCAUAUGGGAUUUUUGUUGAUUCAAAUCGUGCUGUCUUCGUCACUGAUUAUUUGAACCGCCGAGUAGUUAAAUGGGAUCAGGGUGCUUUAAGUGGUACUAUUUAUGCUGAAGGCCUAUGUGGAGCAAGCGAUCUGGGCGAUUUGUGUUAUCCUAGUGCCAUUACGUUCAACAAGGCGGGCACUUUAUUCGUUGCUGUCGAGAAUGGCUCGAGUGGAAGCGUGAUGUCUUUAAAGAAAGGAGAUACCUUGAUUAAAACGUUCAUUACUGCCAAUACUUCUAUUUACGGUAUCGCUUGGGAUGAGAAUGAAGAGUAUCUCUACCUUGGUCAUCAUCGCGAACAUCGAGUAGACAAAUAUACGAAGAAUGGAGAAUUUGUGAAAGUAGUUGCUGGGGGCAAUGGCCUGGGACCCGCUCUGAAUCAACUUGAUUAUCGUAAAAAUGAUAUUCAAAAAUCUCGUGUACUCUUCAGACUGGUAGUGUGUGACUGGUGGGCUGAUUACUGUUUAUCCCUUGUCUUUCUAGCUCGAGGUGUCGCAGUCGAUGAGUAUGGAUCUGUCUAUGUAGCAGAUUCUGGAAACCAACGUGUGGUGAAAUGGAUGGUGAAUACUACCGCAGCAGUUCUCGUUGCAGGUGGUAACGGAGUUGGCAAUCGAACAGAUCAAUUCAAUGUACCAGGCGGCAUGAUUCGAGAUAAAAAUGGCACACUUUAUGUAGUAGACGAGCGUAAUCACCGCAUCUUGUGUAUAUUGGAGAACGCAAAAAACAGCGUAAUCAUCGCAGGUGGUCAUGGCCAAGGCAGUGCUUCCAACCAACUGAGCAAUCCCAUCUACUUGGCAUUCGACAACGAGGGAAGCUUAUAUGUGAGUGAUUGGGAAAACUUUCGAGUUCAAAAGUUUGCUGUAGCAGUCACUCCGUCCAGUGCUAGUAGGUAUAUGUACAAUCCUUCCACGUGGACACUCAUUUUUGGCAUUCUAUGGUUGCUUGUGUCUUCAACUAACUUUUCUAAAUAA